AUGAUCAAGGCCCUGCAAUCUGUCAAGUCUUACAGGUCCAGACCGUCAACUCGUCAUCCAUCCAAGAAAGUACGCUUAGCACCUAACCUCUCCACAGCGUCUGAAUCUCCUGUCAACCCUGUUGUAGAUGCGACAAACAUCACAACUCCCCCUUCAGAACCAUUAACUUCAUUGCAAGGGGGAGACAAUCUCAUGAGAGAUUAUCAGGAAGAAGCUAAAGAUAGAAUGGAAGACGAUUAA